AUGCUUGUGUACGAACCUUCACGACGGAUCACAGCGCGGGAUGCGCUCCUGCAUCCGUACUUCGCGGAUCUAGAUAAAACCACCGUUCCAGCUACUGGUGAGGAGUACAUUGGUCUGCCACUAGAUCAGCUUCCCCAUGAAGUUGCGGCCAUGUUUCUGGCAGAUGCAGGGGAAGCGUAUCGAAAUCCCAACGAUGUGGAGAACGCUAGUCAGGCGUAUCAGGUUCUGCCCAAGACAGUGGAAUUAGGAAGCGAUUCCAUCCCAACAGCUAAGUUUCUAAGCGCCCAGCAAAAGCCCACUGCAGGAUGUCAACCUCAGCCAACUUUGACAAUACCUCUGGUCCCCUUAGCUGAUAGCCACGAAGUAAAUAUGUCGCUGAGUUGA